GAGAGAGCGCGUCCCAACGGUAUGCUAACAACGCUUGGCCAGCUGCCCAUAUAAUGCCCGUCUCACUGUGACCCGUUUUGCCGCUCGAAAUCACUCUGCGAGUUCAUGUCAUUUGGCGACGCCGAUUCCCUUUACGAUCCACGCAACAAUUGACGGCGGGGCGAGCGGGGGUGCAGCGCUCCGUGUUUCUUCUUCGCUCCUUCGAGAGCCCGCCUUUAGGACCUACAUCUUGUAAUUGGGUGGUUGUCUGGCAUAUACAUCGCAGCGCAUCCGCACGGCAGCGCGGAACGUCGGAACUAGCAGAGGCGACCAUGGCCGACGACCCUCUCACCACGAGCUCGACAGAGCAGCCGCGCAUUUACCGGCCCAUACCCCGCCGCAACUUCUCGACACAGACAGACGCCUCAGACUCGCCCGCACACGCUUUCGUUCCGUCGACACCGCCCCUGGUCGCCGAGACGCAGAACCGCCCCUCCGACUUCCUUGCGCAGCUGAACGCCCGCCUGCUACGGACGUACAAUGCGGGUCUCAACCUCAAUGAAGACGGCGACGCUGAAGGGGCGCCGCCCCCGCGGAACAAGAGUCUCAUGAACCUGACCAAGAGCACCCUGUUCGGAAUCUACGACGAUGACGAAAGCACACCGGUAGAGCAGAGUGUCCCGGAGACGCCCUGGGGCACCGGCGCAGAGACGCCUGGAAGGAGACACUCAGGCAUGAACAGAUGGGACAGCGGGACCGAUAGCCCGGCCAUGGGUCUCACUAUGCAGCCGCGCAAAAAAACCGCCAAGGGCAUGGACCGCGCACCACGAUCGCCGUCCUCUAGGCACGCUCCGAAACCAGAGCGGAAGAGCAUGUGGAAGUACACUGUGUCUUUGGGAAAGCUGGCGGCAUUGUUUCUUUUCGGGGUCACCUACGGCGUCAUUGUCAGCCACCUGCAUGACACCAGGGAGCUCGCGGCCGUACGGGUAGAGGGUGUAGAUCGAGGAAACUGGGUAUAUCUUGCAAGUUGGGGUGUGGCUGGCCUCGUACUGGGUAGCUGCUUGCCCUAUGUAGAGCUUACAUGGGGCGGGCAGACAGCGAGCGAUCAGGAGGACGAGGGUGCGCCAGAGCACGAAACCGAAACCAGCUUCAGCGAGCAAUGGAGCGACAUAGUGCGGAGUGUGGGCGCUUUUCUGGCAAUAGCAUUCGCCAUCCGCCGACUCCCCUGGCAGUCUACACUCCAGCUCACGUUGACCCUGGCCCUCGUCAACCCGGCGCUAUGGUACAUACUCGACCGCACUAAACCCGGUUUUUCUUACUCACUCCUCGUAACGUCCAUCCUGACCUCGUUCAUCUUCCUCUCGGACCCCAACAUCCUCCCCUCGCCGUCGCUACCAGCUACGGUCAACGGCACGCACACCCCCUCAGCAGCACGAAUGCAGGGACAGCAAGACAUGUUCGUCGGCGUGGUGAGCUACGAAACACUGGCGGUGGUUACAUGGGUGGGCAGCGUGCUGUUCUGCAGCUGCGUGUGCUUUGGCAGUAUAGGCAGACGUCUUGCCGUCUGGGACCAUCACGAGUCCGGCAGAAAGAGAGAGAUUUGAUACCCUGAUGGUUUUCUGGCAUCCAAGCGAGCAGCGGUCGUCCCGCGCCGCAAAUUUUGUAUAGCAUUGUAAUGGUUAGUUUAAAAUGGGCAUGGAGGAUAUCCGCUCCGGAAGGUUUCAUUUCUGGCGUCAUCUACCACGGCGGGGAAGUGUUGUGAAUGAUACCUUUGUUGACG